UGUGCCGCCCGUUACGUGUUCGCGCGCGAGCCACCACCCCUCCACUCCCCAUCUCACCCUCCUCUCUAAUCCGCCAUGGCUCUCGCUUCCACCUCCCCUCUUGCCGCCACCGCCGCUCGACCUAAGGCUUCCGCUCCCCUCACGCGCUGUCGUUCAGGCCGCCUACAACGCAUCUCCUGCCAGGCGACCACCGACCGCCCCCGCGGCGGCAAUGCGUCGAACACGUCGCCGGCGCCGCCGAGGUGGCGCGUAGCGGUCUCUGCAGCUCUCGCGGCCGCCGUAGUCGCAGCGAUGCCUGCCCACGCAGAUCUGAACAAGUACGAGGCGGAUCAGAGGGGCGAGUUUGGCAUCGGCUCAGCCGCGCAGUUCGGCAAUGCGGACCUCAAAAACACUGUGCAUGUUAACGAAAACUUCAGGCGGGCGAACUUCACAUCUGCUGAUAUGAGGGAAUCAGAUUUUAGUGGUUCCACAUUCAAUGGUGCCUAUAUGGAAAAGGCUGUUGCUUUCAGAGCAAAUUUCACAGGUGCAGAUUUGAGUGACACUUUAAUGGAUCGCAUGGUUCUCAAUGAAGCUAAUCUCACAAAUGCUGUGCUUUCACGGACCGUCCUUACACGUAGUGAUCUCGGUGGAGCAACCAUUGAAGGUGCUGACUUCAGUGAUGCUGUUAUUGACCUACCACAGAAACUGGCUUUGUGCAAAUAUGCAAGCGGGACCAAUCCUGUAACUGGAGUCAGCACCCGGAAAAGCCUUGGAUGUGGCAACAGUCGCCGGAACGCAUAUGGGAGCCCUUCCUCCCCUCUUUUAAGUGCCCCGCCACCUAAACUUCUGGACCGUGAUGGUUUCUGUGAUGAAGCUAGUGGUUUGUGUGAUGCGAAGUGAACGAGGAUUGAUCCGGUAUACGGUAAAAGUUGAGCACUAAUGUUGUAUAUAUAUGGAAAAUUUGAAGAUUGGGUGAAAGAUAAAGCAGAAUGGAUCAGAAAUUCAGAGAAUCCAGCCGUUCCAUCUUCUUUUCUCCAUGUUGUGACAUUAUUGCGACGGAAUCAGUUAAACUAGGGAAUCUUCCGGAAAGAGGUAAACUGGGGAAUGUAGAUAAAGUAUUGUCACUGAAUAAAUAUUUGAUACCUUGUGUAAACUAUGUACAUGUAUCAUGACAUAUUAUACACACCUGUCACUAAAAAAAAGUGCCUAUUGCUUCA